GGUAUAGUCUGAUUUGGGUUUUUAAAUAGACUCUUCUGGCUUUGCAGGACCUCUCCCGGCUGACCUAAAUGGUUGAAGGGAGGCGUGUCAGCUCAGGGGUGUGUGACUGCAUGCUGUGGGCUUGAGGGGGUGGGGGCUGUACUCGCGGGCAGCUGAAGGCACGUGCGGGUGGUGAGUGUUCGGUUGCUCAGAGGGAGCAGGAGCCACGGAGGUCAGAGCUCACCGCAUUAGCUUUGUCAUCACAUCCGACUCGCGGCUUCACCUUGGGCCACCUCCAGCCAUGAGGCUUCUUCUGCUGACUUUGGCUGUGCUGCUGCUCUUGUCCCAGUUCACUCCAGGCCACACCCAAAAAUGUUGGAAUCUUCAUGGUAAAUGCCGCCAUCAGUGCUUCAAGAAGGAAAAGAUCUAUGUUUACUGCACUAAUAAUAAAUUCUGCUGCGUGAAGCCCAAGUACCAGCCAAAACGAAAGCCAUGGUUAUCUUAA